GCCGAGGGGCCGCCGGGAGCGCACCGGGAGAGCACCGGGAGCGCGGCGGAGCGAGCGCCGGCCCCGCCGAGCCGAGCCGGGCCGGAGCGGGCGGGAGCGGGGCUCCCGUCAGCCACGAGAGUCAGGAUGAACGUGGGAACGGCGCACAGCGAGGUGAACCCCAACACGCGGGUCAUGAACAGCCGCGGCAUCUGGCUGUCCUACGUGCUGGGCAUCGGGCUGCUGCACGUCGUGCUCCUGAGCAUCCCCUUCUUCAGCGUCCCCGUGGUCUGGACUCUCACCAACAUCAUCCACAACCUGAGCAUGUACAUCUUCCUGCACACCGUGAAGGGAACCCCCUUCGAGACCCCGGACCAGGGCAAGGCCCGGCUGCUCACGCACUGGGAGCAGAUGGAUUAUGGAGUCCAGUUCACCGCGUCCCGCAAGUUCCUCACCAUCAUGCCCAUUGUCCUGUAUUUUCUAACCAGCUUUUACACCAAGUACGACCGGAUACACUUCAUCAUCAACACCAUCUCCCUGAUGAGCGUCCUGAUCCCCAAACUGCCUCAGUUCCACGGAGUCCGGAUCUUUGGGAUCAACAAGUACUGAGUGGCGUGGCCGGAGCGGAUGGCGGAGGAGCGGGGCCAAGGGGGGAUCCCUUCUCUCCAGCCCCGUUUCCUCCCCCACGCAGACUGGGAUGUGGUUUCGCAGCGGCUGUUUAAAUGCAGAUCCCAACAGACACAUUCCGCAUGCUGGAUCCUCGUGCCCAAUAAAUCCAAACCAGCUCCAGAGUAGAGUUUAGUGCGGAGCAGGACGUGCGACACCGGAUUUCUCUUGUCCCAGGGUGAUCAAUAGAUGGAAAACCACUGAGACUUUGAGGUACAACAAGGAUGAAUUCUGGGAAGAGUCUCAUCUGUUCCAGACAUGGAAUGACAAGGAUAGGGAUGAGGGGAAAAGCUUUUAGUGCUGGUACUAUUGCUGUGGUAAAUGCACUUUAAAAUAUGUUUCCCUUCCUGAAGCUGGGUGCUUUGAGCAGAACGUGAGGGAAAUCCAAAGGGAUACAGCCAGACUUUCCCAGGACUGGAUUGUUUUAGGGUCUGAUUUCCAGUUUUAGGUGGGAAGUGGGUGGGGGAAGUGAAUGACAGAUUUUUAUUUUGCAACUGUUGACACCACUGAGAAGGGAAGUGUUUUUCCUAAAAACAGCACAGGAAGGAAUGACCUGCAGUUUGACAAAGCUUUUGGUUUCCUACAGCCUAAAUCAUGCUUGUUAUUUUCAGUUUAUACCCAAAUCUAGCCAGGUAACUGCUCUCCCCACCCCAAACUGCUGUUUUUAAGUGCACAAGGGCUCAGUGGGCAUUUGGAUCAAGGGCUAGGGGCAGGUGAUUUAAUGACUGACAACAAUGGAGCUCCUUGGAACACGGACAGAUGUGGGAAAGGCUGACAAUGGGCAGGUACAGGAGGAGGGCUGAUUGCUCUAAUCAAGCAUGCAGCUAUCCUUGAUUUGGAAUUUUUCUCCUCACUUCAGCUCCUUGGUUAGUUUAAGUGCAUGUGACUGGGAUUUGCCAGUUCUCCAUGGACUCAAGGGUUGGAUUUCUGGCUUACCUGGAAAUCUGUCCCUCAGCUCCACACACCCAAGGGCUGUGUGAGCAGCAGCACCAGCAGCAGAUGAAUUGACCAGCAGAAGGAGUCAAUUAGUCACAGAUAAUAGAUCUUUUCACAGAGGAACAAAAUCAAGCCUUUUUCCUCUAAAAUUAACACCUAAAUAAAGCAGGCUUAGGUUUCCUGGCUGAGACAUAUUUUACUGUUUUACUGAAAAUCAGAAUAACCUGAUUUUCCUUUGGGUUGUGUCCCAGAUGGAAUGGGUUUUCCCUCACUCUUCCCCUGUAACCCUAUGAAAACCUGUAUUUUUGUUGUCUUAGUGCUUAUAUUGUCUCACCUUUUUUGACAAUGGUAUAAAUCUUUUAAAUCUUUUAAAUAUUUAAUUUUUUUUUGUCCCUGCAGUAGCAAAUCCAGCUUUAGAGGCCGUGGUGGAGAGUGUUGAGGUUUUGGAUGGUCUGAGCAUAGGACAUGAAAGGGGGAAAUUCAGAUAUGUUACUACUCCAUGCAUAAUUUUAGACAAGUUGCUUCACUUCUCUCUCAGACUUCCUAUGGGACUGCUACAGGGAAGGGAAAAUAUGGAGUGUACCUCAGAGGGCUGCUGGAAUGCAGGAUGAAUCAUUCCCUAAUGUGUUUGAAAAGUGGAAAUCCAAGUGAAAAGGAAGUUUUCAAGCAGGUAGAAGAAGAGAGUCUGGCUGGAGACCCCAGGGUAUUGAGAGAUGUGCAAUUUCCCUGAUGGGCAGUUUAAACCUUCAAGCCUAGGAUAGAAGAGCUGCUGCUUUAGCUGAGGUACUCUCUACCCUAAUCGGCUCUUUAAGCUACUAGACAAUGAUAAUUGUGAUAAAAAUAGAGAUACUUCAUCAAUCAGCUGAGAAAUGACACAGACAUAAGCAGUGUUCUUGUGGGAGAGGCUGCUCCAAGGAGGGGCAGGUCCUGGCAGGGUGGCUGAGGCUGGACCUGAAAUGCUGACUGUGGUGCUGAACAGACCUGAGUGUCUGCCCAGACACCACUUCCAUCUCCAGGGGAAACGAAAGAAAACUAAUUAUUGUCAUAGAAAACAUGGGGGAAAACACCUUUUUUUUGCAACAGAAACGGCCUCUAGAUGCUUUCAAACAUGACUCCUCACAGACAGACAUAUGCUGGAUGUUUCUAAGCAUAUGCACAUCACAGAUCUGUAAAUUUAGAGUAAUUAUCAAUUGAAAGGAUGGACUUUUUUAUGAGAUACAGCAAUUCCCAGAGUCUCCUUGAAGGCAUUAACACAGCUGUGGGUUUGAAUAUUUGUGUGCUCACUGACACUAUGGACAUCUGACCCUGUUUACUUAAAUUAAAGAUCAACUGGGAUGCAGAAUGAGAUUACAAACUUCUCAAAUAAGCAGGUUCUAAAGCCCCAGACUUGUAAAUAAGAUUCUGUCUAGCAACAAAAGUAAACAACAUUUGAUUUCUCUCCUUCACACAAAUGAUCAAAACAGGCAAUGCCAGUCAUGUGACACUCAUUACAACACAGGUGUGGCAUUUUUCCAUGGAAUAACCGAGAUUAACCUGGGCUCAAUUAAUCCAGUCAAAGGAAACAUAAAUGGAAAUAGAAGAAAUAUGAAAAGAAGUGAGAUUUCAUGUUCUAUUGUGGUGAGUUAAGUAUCUAUAUAUGAUUAAUAAGUGAACAAUUACACAUCAGGUAGCAUCUUCCUUAAGAUCCCAACUUAAGGGUAGGUGUCAGGAUCAAUCAAAAAUAAAAAGCAGGAAGUUAAUUGUAAUUAAACCACCAUUCUUUGGUGUACCUGAGGCAGUCUGAAGUGAAAGGACAGCAUGAGCAGGCUGAGGGUUGGUCAGACAUGUCCUGGCAGGGGAUGGAGCGGGGUGAAGCCACAUUGUGGGAGAAGAAACAAAGUGUGAGCAGAACUCCGUUGAGAGUGGAGUUUUUCCCAGGUGCCUGCAUGGAGAAGACAACUGAUACUGAUUUUAAAUGGGAUUCUGAUUGUUGCUGAUUUUAAUGGGAUUCUGAUUGUUGCUGAUUUUAAUGGGAUUCUGAUCACAUCACACUUGACAGAUUUCCUCUACACUUGCCCUGUAUCAUGAUCAGGACAAGUUUCUACCUGGAGAGAUCAUAUCUCCUGUGAUGGAGAAACAAUUUGUGGCAAGAAGGUAUUUGAAGCUUUUCUGUUUUGUUCUGCAAUGAAAGAGAAAAGCUUUUGAAAGGCUGGAAUCUUUCUCAGGAACUGGCAGCAGCUUGUCCCAUCCUGUAUUUAGCAAAGCCUCCUCAGCCACUGUCAGCACCACGCACGUUUCCAUGGGGUACAGCAGCCCCUGCUCCAGGACACUCAGAAAACCAGCAAGUCCUCCCAGCCUGAUGCUCCUGAAUCAGGGAUCCUGACCUGGGAGUCCUUUCAGAGCUACCAGGCUGGCAAAUAGUCCAAACCUUUGGAGGAAAAAGCCUCUAGAAUAAACUAAAUGGAGGGCUACUUAUUCUCGAGUACUUUUAUGUUUGAAUCACUGUUCAAUUUUGGGUUGUUUUUAGCUCGGUACUGGCCCUCAAGGAGGGGACAGCAGUGGGUUAACACAUUAAUAUUUCUCCUUGUGACUUAUGUUGCUUUAUCAUUGCCUAGAAUAUCUUUAAGCAUGCGAGUGUUGGUGUGUCCAUACCCUCCUUGGAUCAGUUAAAUCAGCUGAAUUAGUUGGGAGGGUUUUUUAAAGGAAUGUUCUGUACAAAGUUUUAGGGUUUUUUUCCCAUAGCCUUCUUUUUGCUGUGGAUACAGAAGUCUCAUGUAGAGAACUUUCUAAAAUAAAGUGUGAAUAUUUUUAUUACUCCUUUGUACAGUAUUCUAAGAGAGACUAAUAAAAGUGAAGUAUUCAGGUAAAAA